AUGAAGAGUAAAUGGUCGAUGAUCGCUUGCUUGACUAUUGGUGUCGCUGCAGCCAUCAGUCAUCACUUCCUCUACACUCAUCUCAAUGGUCGCGAAGCGAAGAACCAGCAAUGGUGGCUCCGUCUGGGUCAGUUGAUUUCCUUCAUCGCCAAUGCAAACUUUAUCCUAGCGGCGGUCAUGGCCCAUCAGCAGGUUGCAUGGCGAGCCGUCGGGCAGAAGGGAUUCUCCAUCCAUGCUGUCGACUCGCUCUUCGGAGCUACACAUAACCUUAUUGAGCUUUUCAACAGGGAAGCAUGGGCCAAGUCUUGGUUCGUCAUGUUUCUUGCCCUCUACAUGUGGUUCAGCCCUCUUGUUGUCAUCUUGACCUCGGCUCAAUUGUUUGUUGUGCCCGGUGAGAUGGUCGAAGACACGUUUUGUCCUUCUGUCCGCACGUUGAAUUUCAGCAACGAGGCGAAGGAGAGCUUCCAAACCCCAAAGAGAGCUGAGGGUGAGGUUAUGAACGGGCGAUCACUUUCCGGAUACAACUGGACGGCACCCGAUGGCAACCUCGCCGAGGACGCCAAGGAUAACGACAACAUCUUCGAAUACUACAAUGGCCCCUCAUCCUCACUUGAUCGCAUCGCCGCUGGUGUCUUCUCAAGUGGACAGACAACUCAAAAACCCAACAUGUCGAACGAGAUCUGUGGAGAAGGUUGGGACUGCUCAACAACGAUUCAUUUCGUCGGACCUGCAUACAAAUGUGAGGAGCUUGCUAAUGGUGUUGGAUCUGAGAUGAAGAGCUUCGGAGACGCCGAGGCUCCCUUCAACCUUAGUUACCUCGUGCCAGCUGCGAACUACACCUACCUCGCCAACACUGACCUCGGAGAGUACAUGCGACCACAGAUGGAGAACGUGUCCAUUGGUGGUAUACCCUCUGAAGAGGACGGCCCGAAUUUUCCAAAGAAUCUCGGCGUCUUCCGAACCGAGCCCGCUAUCUGGAUCGGUUACGCUGCAGUUGACGAUCAUACCAAGGAACAUGCGAAGGACAAGGAGAUGGACGGAUGGAACGACGACUACACCCCGAUCAUCUUUGCAUGCGAUCACUGGGAGGUUAACUACACAGUGACCUUCAACUUUACAGCCGGAAACCAGAAAUACGACAUUACGGAACGCGACUAUAAACAAAAGAUUAUUGACACUACCUGGACAAGCUGGACCAAUGAGUCCACUGAUGGUACAGCUGACGGGAACUACGCCGAACCAGAGGUUAACUACAUCAGCCCACGCAAUGACUACGCAAGAUACCGCCGCAUCGCCGCAUACCACAGUCUCGGGUUGCGACUCCGAGAAAAACUAUUUGGCAACGUCAAGGUCCAAGGCACGGUUCUAGCAGAUGGUGCCAUCACAACAACAAACCUGCUUGACCGACACGAGAGUUUGCCUGUGCACAACUUCCAGCAAGAAGUGCGACGAGUCUAUGAAGACCUUCUCAUCUCGCUGCUUUCCGACCCCCAGUUGCUUGCGGUUGCAUGGGCAUCAGACCCAUCUAAGUUGUCCGGCACCGGUAUUGGCGGUGAAGACACCAAUUACAAGUGUGAACGCCGCCGCAAAGCCAACUUCUUUGACUACGGUUGGCCCGUUCUUGCGGCUGUAUACCUUGUUUCCUUUGUGAUUGCAUCGAUCGGUGUGUACUUUGGCAUCGACGCUAUGACGAGCGAUGGUACUUAUGCUCAGCGUGUGAUGACGUUCUCUGCUAUUGCGGGAGCGACGAAGAAGGUCAGCGUGGACGAAGUUGACAGAAGAGAGACGAAGAUCAGGUGUUUCCCAUCUGAGGAACGUCCUGGAGAGCGCACUUAUGAGUUUAGGGCUGAGUUAGAAUGA